GAUGCACGAGCUCGGAGCGGACGCAUUGGGAAGCGUGCUGCUACUAGUUGGCCGGUUGCCCUACCGCCGAUGGCCGUCGAGAUAGGGAGAUGGUUGUGAUAAGCUAAUGUAGAGCUGAGGCAGCACUAGCUAUGGCGGCUUCGCGCCGUAUCACCUUGCUACUCAUACUGCUAGCGCUGCUCUGCAAGUUGAACGUAGAUGGAAGAAAAACAGCAGUUCGUCGAACUUCUUCGUUUAUUCGUGCGUUGCUGCUGCUGGAAGCGCUCCAACUAACCUUGCGUUGAUCUGGAAAGAAAAGAACACAGUAACGGGUAGUUUGACCGCCAAGGGAUACCUCUGCUGCUGCAGCGUCUGUUGGUGGAUUUGGCAGCCACUGUUGCUGCACGUUAUUACUGAAUGAGGACGGCACAGAAGAACAUCAUGUGCCAGCUGAUACUGGCAAUGGCGCUGAUGUUCAGCGCCAAUGCCUAUGCACAGAUGCCGCAAAUGCCCAACGGGAUGAUGAACUUCUUCCCACCAGGCUUCCAGUUCCCAGGGGGGUUCCCUGGCGUUGGACCAAUGCCACAGUUUCCAGGACAGCCAGCAGGACAGCCAGCCGGACAGCCAGCCGGACAGCCAGCAGCUCAGCCCCCGCCGCAAAACAAGCAGCCUGUACCAAUUGGACCAGGUCCUCAGCGACCAGGGAUGGCAAAGCCAGGAGCGGGAGCAUCACAGCCCGUGCCGGGAGCGCGCCCUGCUAUGCUGCCAGGUGGCCAGGUACCACCGGGGUACAAGGACUGUGCUGGCACACCGUACGACACGGCCAAGCAGGUCUGCUGCGGUGGCUAUGUCAUGAACGCCGAUCCAAAGCAGGUGAAGUGCUGUGGCAUGGAGCUGAUCGAGACCAACAAAUCACGCUGCUGCAAUAACCAGCCGUACGACUUCACCACGCAGGUGUGCUGUGCGGAUACGGGUGAGCUCUCUUUCCUGCCCGGUGGCGAGAAGCGGUGGGUGUGCUGCGGCACGACCACCAUCUCCCUGAUCAGCGACACGCAGGCGUGCUGCGGGGUGCGCCGCAUCUACGACCCCAGCACGCACUACUGCUGCGAGGGCAAACGCACCAAGCUGGACAGUCUCAAGUACAAGUGCUGCAACACGAAGGGCACGGCGCCGGGUGGCGAGACGCGCUUCCAGUUCUCCACGCACAGCUGCUGUAACUCCGGCACUGAGGUCACCCUCGGCCAGAGCUGCCCGAAGGGUGAGCAGCCGUUCGACCACAUUCAGGACAUGCACAAGCCACCGCCGACAGCCGGUGAGAAGAGCACAGGUUCAAAGUACUGCGAUGGAGCGGCAUAUAAUGCUGAGACGCAGUUCUGCUGCAAUGCCAAGGUGGGCGACAAGGAAACUCAUGAGUGUUGCGGCGACAAGCACCUCAUCUCCAAGGAGACUCAGCGCUGCUGCAACAGCCACGACCCAUACAAGUUCCAGUAUCAGGUAUGCUGCCCGGACAAUGGUCAAAUCCAGAACAUGCCAGGUGGUGAGAAUGACUGGGUGUGCUGUGGCACCACCACAUUCCUACGCAACAGCAAGACGCAGGCAUGCUGUGGAACACGCCGUAUCUUUGACCCGUCGACACACUUCUGCUGUGAGGGCAAGCGCACACGCAUCCAAAGCAUGAAGUACAAAUGCUGCAACACGACUGGAACGGAGAAGCGCUACAAGUAUGCCGAGGAAGUUUGCUGCCAUAGCGACACAACCAUAUUCAGUGGUUCGACAUGUCCACCAGAUCCAAAUGCGGCCAGGAAGGCUCAAGAGGCAGCAGCAAAGAAGGCAGCUGAAGACAAGCUUCGACAAGAGGAGCAACGCAAGAAGGAGGGAGAGCAAAGAGGGCAGCAGCCCCAGUUUCCUGGUGGCAUGCCUGGAGGAAUGCCGGGUGGUGGUGGUAUGCCGGGUGGAAUGAACCAGCUCCAGUUCUUCAUGUGGCUUAUGCAAAUGCAGCAGCAAAUGCGACAGGCUCAGCAGCAACAGCAGACUCCAGUACCACAGCAGCCACCAGCACAACAGAAACCACCAGCGCAACAGCAGCCCCAAACACCAGCUGGCGGUUUCCCGGCUCCGGGUGGCAUGCCGUUUAUGAUGCCGGGAGCUGGAAUGAUGGGACCUGGGAUGAUGCCAGGGAUGAUGCCUGGAAUGAUGCCUGGAAUGAUGCCUGGUUUCCCUGGGAAGAGGAAGAAGAAAUAGACUCAAGCCUGCCGAACAACAGUUUGCAAAUCAUUAAUUUGAGAGAGGGAGAUGCAUGUGUGGAAGUGAGAAUGAUAGCAUAUGCCACAAUAGUGUUAUUGCAUGCACGACGGAGCAUUCUGAAGUCCGCAUAUUGAUUAUUGGAAAACAUGGCACACGCGUUAUCAAAUUGACCUAUCGAUACAGAAGUAUAAUUAUUAUCAGUUUCAACUUUUUUUUAUUCAAUAAUUUGAAGGAGUUACAAAACUUGUAUCUAAUUCUGUAUCCUAAUUCUGGCCAUGGCAAGAUUUAAACCUAUCUAUAUAAUUAUGUCUAUGAUGAAACAUGUCUUUUACUUCGAA